CUCCAGUCCCUCUCUGUCUUGUCAAAACAAAAUGGCGGAUUCAUAGAUGGUCAGAAAUAUUAUGUGAGAUUGCAGUUUUGACCUCGCUUUUUCUAAACUUUCAAAGGUGAAUGUCUCAGAGGCUCUCCUGAACACCUAUAUGUACUGGCUUUAAAUUUUGGAUAAUCAAUUUGUGGUGGGAAAUGUUUGCACAUUUGAGGCUAUUUCGGCGAAAUUUUCGUGUUUCUAAAUCCUUUGGCCUUAGAACAUUCUGUUUGAUACAAAGAAGAAAUGCGAAAACCAUACGUUACGAUCAGCAAUUAUUGGCCUCUAGGAAAGUUUGCAUAUCAUCCAAAGAAAAUCCAGCUAGCAAACAUGAUCAAUCUAUGGAUCCACCAGAAAUAGAAAAUAGUGAAAGGUCAAGUCUCCAACAGAUGGAAGGAAAAGAUCUUCACAGUGAUAUACGAAAUGACACAGUUAUCGAACUCAGUGAAAAAGCUAUUGAGUCUAGAAUCACAAGCGCUAAACCAGCACCAUCCAAGUUUGCAUUGAGGUUUGAAACUGCUUUAUCACAAGGUAAAACCAGGGAUAACUUUAUUGAGAUCUUGGAGUCCUUCUCCCGACAUGAUCGCAACCGACGAGGUCAUAUGGAGCUACUAAAGACAGCAAUGAACUAUAUGGAUAUAUAUGGACUUGAGAAAGACUUACUUGCAUAUAACGCCAUGCUAGAUGUCUUCCCUAGAGGGCGGUUCCAGAAUAGGACACUUUUUGAUGCUGUCUGGCCCAAGAAGCAUCCACAAGUAGACUUAGCUCUGGAAAUUUUAACAAAAAUGGAGGAAAAUGUGAUAAAACCUAGCAUAGAAACAUAUGAUAUUUGUGAGGAGAUAUUUGGGAAAGCAAGCCAGCCUGUUCAGAAAGUCCGCAGACUGGCUUACUGGCUGACAAAACUAGAGGAAAUGUUCCCCAGUCCCCUUCCUGCUGAGUUGCCUGAGGGGGAGCUGGAAUUGAGCAUGGUUGCCAUGGAGAGAAUGUCUAAGGAGGGACUCCCAAUAGUUGUUUUUCAGGAUCUGAGUGAGGGAAACAGUGAGGAAUUUAUUGUGAGUAGCCAGACCCCAGAGCAGCAAGCUCUUUUGGGCAAGCAUGACAUUGUUGUUCCCGUCUAUGUAGAAGGGCCAUACUUUUUGUGGGUAAAGAGAAUCAGAAGACAUUUCUACACUUUACGAGCUCCUUACACUGGAAGCAAUGAUGGUAUACCACCAGACGACACUGAAGGUGUGGUCCUUGCAGUCUGUAUGACAAGCCCAGACUGUACACAAGACAACCUCAAAAACUGGAUUCUACAGCUCCAGAAGACCUCCCCAAAUCUUGCAAACAUUAAUGUGAUUUUCAACCUUGAUCAGAACAGCUAGUGACGCUCAUUUUAGCAGCCUGCUCAGAUUAGCGCUCCCUUCAAAUAAGCUCAUGGUCAACCAUUAUAGAAGGGAUCCAGUAGAUGACUGAAUGCAAGAUGAAGACAGGACACUGAUACUUAUAGAGCUGAAGUCUGUUUUUUUAAAAUAAGCGCCCCUCUUGGGAUUUGUGUCCCCCUUGCCACUAAAAACACAUUAGUGCCCAUGGCACAAAAAAGAAAAUUCAUGGUUUAACUUCUAGCACUGUUGCCCUAUUUUGGUUUGUGAAAGACUUGAACAUAUAUGAUAUAACACAACAUGCUUAAUACAGUCUUUUAUAUGAAUUUAUUGAAGCCCUAUGGUGUCAAGAUUUGAUUCAUAUCACUUUUUGACUGUCCUCUAGAAAAAUGUAAUUGUCUCGAAUGUACUGUAAUGAAAAUUGUAUUCAAUAAACAUGUAAAGCUAGGGGA